AUGGCCUCGAGAAGGAGGAAAAAUUGCUUGUGCUUCCGUUCUCUCCAUUUAUCCUCCGCGGUGCUCUUUCUCUCGACGAUUCUCCCCUCCUCCUCCUUCGCACAGAUCACAGACCCCGCAUCCUCGAGCCCCUCGAACUUCGCAACUUCACUCAGUUCCAGUACACUCCAAACAUCAACGACAUCCAAUGCCUCUCCCUCACCCACGCAAAGCGCCUCUCCCGCAUCAUCAUCGUCGUCUGCAGGAGACAACAACGAUGGCCGCAACACCGCUGGCAUGUUCAACUACUACUUCAUAAUCGUCGCUGUUGUUGUAGUCCUCUUCGUACUAACCAUGCUCUACAUUGGCAAACGCAAGAAGCAAAAAGCCGCCAUUAUGCGAUCCAACUCGCAGCGCGCACUUGCAGAAGAUGUCGAAGGACUCCGCAAUCGAUUUGGCAUGGGGAGAGGCGCAAUGCGAAGGGCUCAUGCUGGUGGUUUGGGAUCCGGAGAGGGGCGCGGUGCGGCUUGGUUGGAUGAGAGGACCGAGGGGUUGAAUGAGAGGGGAGAGGCGCCGCCGCCUUAUAGACCCGGAUCGAAACCACCGAGUUUAAGAAGCAAUGAUGGAGUUGCUGUUAUGGAGGUUUCCGGAGACUCGAGACCCGGGAGUGGGCAGCCGGUGGAGAUGAAUACGAUUGAGCGACCGACCCCGACACUGGGACAGGACCCGCCGGGAUAUCAUGAGGAGACGAAUAGAAAUGAGAAUAGGAAUAAUGGGGGAACCGAAAGCUGGGCUGAUUUGGAGAUGACGAGGCCGGCCCCUGUUGUGACUGCUCCGCCUAGGAGGGAUACAUCUACGGAGUAG